GUUUGUGCAGGUAUAUUUUCGCAUUUCACUAAGAAUCAGGUUAGGCUGUGUGCACAGUACUGACUUUGUGGGGGAAUGAGCGGUCCUUGGCUUCAAGGAGUUCCCAGCCGGGUUAAAUGGGCAGUGUGUGUGUGAGGAAAGCCAGAGAGAUCUGUGGAUAUGCAGGGACUUAUUCUUGUACCUGAGUGGGCACUUGGUGUGCACACACUGUGUGCAGGUUUAAGAAUACUGUGCACAGCUCUUGGGCUCGGGUCUCUUGUGUAUGUGUGCACAAUCCUGUCAUGGAGAUGUGUGUACAUUACCUGUCUUUGUCCAGGUAUCCGUGUACCCGUAUGACUGUGUGUAGAACAGUGGGUACAUGUAUCAGUGUGUACUGGCUUGCAGUUCUCCGUGUGUCCUAGGGGUAUGUGCAUGGGUGUUCUGUAGGCUUCUUACAGUGUAUCCCCCACACCGCACCUCACCUUGACCUGGCCUUCCUUCCAUUGCUCCUUAUUGCUCAGGAAGCCGCAUAUGCCCAGCUGGGGCACAACCCCAGCUGAUGCCCCAGAGAGGCCACACAUCUCAGGAGAGGCUUUGGGCCCUGCCCUUCCUCCCCAUGGCACAUGGGCCAGAACCUGAAGCUGAGGGAUUGCUGGACCUCAGCUUCCUGACAGAGGAGGAGCAGGAGGCCAUCGCUGAUGUCCUCAAACGAGAUGCCCGCCUGCGCCAACUGGAGGAGGGGCGGGUCAGCAAGCUCCGAGCCUCGCUGGCAGACCCCGGGCAGCUGAAGAUCCUGACGGGGGACUGGUUCCAAGAAGCGCGCUCCCAGCGGCAUCGCCAUGCCCAUUUUGGGUCUGACCUUGUCAGGGCCUCUAUCCGCAGGAAGAAGAGCGCCAGAGGGGACCAGGCUCUGGGAAGUGAUGGUGAGGCAGAGGCUGCUGGAAAAGACACCACUGAGGAAGAGCCAGAGUCCAGGGUCUCCAUAGAGAUGGCUGCUCCAGAGAGGCACAGUGAGACCCAAGGACCAGAUUUCCCCUCACCAUAUGUAGCCUCAAAAGCUUCAGAUCAUGAGGAGGAGCCCCAGGACCAGGAAGCCUCCGGCCAAGGGGGUGUGCAGGUGGCAGAGACGGACCCAGCGCUGGAUCCUGAGCAGAGGGCGGAGCAGGAGUCCUGGCCAUCGCCAGCCCAGAUCAGGGUGACCCCCGAGGUCCAGGAGAAUGGGGAAGAGGCCCCAGGGCUCGGCCCUUCCCUCGACCGCAUGCUCAGCAGCAGCUCCUCUGUGUCCAGCCUCAAUUCCUCCACGCUGAGCGGCAGCCUGAUGAGCCUGUCGGGGGAAGCCGAGGCUGGCACGGUACAGGUGCGGGGCUCCGUGCACUUCGCGCUGCGCUACGAGCCUGGCGCUGCCGAGCUGCGUGUACAGGUGAUCCAGUGCCAGGGGCUGGCCGCCGCCCGGCGUCGCCGCUCCGAUCCCUACGUGAAAACCUACCUCCUCCCGGAUAAGCAGAACAAGCGCAAGACGUCGGUGAAGAAACGGAAUCUGAACCCGAUCUUCAACGAGACUCUGCGGCACCCCGUCCAGCAGGCUGACCUCCCAGGCCGCAUACUGAGCCUGUCCGUGUGGCACCGCGAAAGUCUGGGUCGCAACAUCUUUCUGGGAGAGGUCGAAGUGCCCCUAGACACGUGGAACUGGGACUCUAAGGCUACCUGGCUCCCCUUGCAGCCUCGGGUUCCUCCAUCUCCCGAUGAGCUCCCCAGUCGUGGACUGCUUUCUCUGUCCCUCAAGUACGUCCCUGCCGGCUCAGAGGGAGGAGGACAGCCUCUGAGUGGAGAGCUCCACUUCUGGGUGAAGGAGGCUCAGGGCCUCGUGCCACUGCGGCCAGGAUCCCUGGACACUUACAUACAAUGCUCAGUGCUGCCGGAUGACAGCCGGGCCAGCCGCCAGCGCACAAGAGUGGUUCGGCGAAGCCUCAGCCCUGUCUUCAACCACACCAUGGUUUAUGAUGGCUUCGGGCCUGCCGACCUACGUCAAGCCUGUGCGGAGCUCUCUCUGUGGGACCAUGGCGCCCUGGCCAGUCGCCAGCUGGGGGGCACACGCCUCAGCCUUGGUACAGGCAGCAGCUAUGGGCUCCAAGUGCCCUGGAUGGAUUCCACACCUGAGGAAAAGCAGCUGUGGCAGGCACUCCUGGAGCGGCCCUGUGAAUGGGUGGAUGGCCUUCUGCCCCUCAGAACUAACCUGGUCCCCAGGGCAUAGCCCUGUCAAACCCCUCUGUGGACCCCACACAAAGCACAUCCCAUGGCUGGAGUCAAUAAAGUCUGUUUACGGA